AUGCUCAGGAAAACGUCCAUGCAGAAGGUCCACGAGAGCGGGAACCUCCGCAAGAACUCGACCUGCGAGAGCCGGGUCGCCGAAAAAGGCCUCUACAGACUGGAGAGGCCCGUCAUACUUAGUCUGGAGCUGGUGCAACUCCUCGGAAAGACGAUGAACUGCCCGAUCCGGCGAAAGGCGGGCCAAUUCCCGGCGAGCGCAACGCUCAAAUUACGACGUGUCGGAACUAGGCAUGCAUCUCCCAUGCCCUCCCGCGCCAGGACAAGCCCGUGCAGCGACCCAGGGGCAGGAACAAUGCGCGAAGCACGCUCGAGCCAAGGUGCGCGCGCGCGGACGGCUUGA